GAUAUCAUAAAAUAAUUGAGAUUUGAGAUUGAUAUUUCAACAUCUUUCGGACAGCGCAUCAGGUCCCACACGUUUUGUACACUAAUCGCCACACACACACUCUCCUCACACAUACACACACUUGCUAUUUAACCAAGACAAGAGCCUCGGAUUGAUUGACUUACUACACAACACAAUCUUCAGAUCUGAACUCGAGAGUUUCAACGUGAGAUAUGGCGCAAAUUCUGCUUCAUGGAACUCUACAUGUCACUAUCUUUGAGGUGGAUCACCUAAAAGCUGGCAGUGGUGGUGGUUUUUUGGGGAAGCUUAAGGCAAACCUUGAGGAAGCUGUUGGGUUUGGCGAAGGAACUCCAAAAAUUUAUGCAUCUAUUGAUCUGGACAAGGCUAGAGUUGGACGAACCAGAAUGAUCGAAAAUGAACCAAAUAACCCGAAGUGGAACGAAUCUUUUCAUAUUUACUGCGGUCAUUCCACAACAAAUGUAAUUUUUACUGUUAAAGAUGACAACCCAAUUGGUGCAACUUUGAUCGGAAGAGCUUAUCUGCCAGUUGAGGAAAUUUUAGACGGGGAAGAAGUGGAUAGAUGGGUUGAGAUACUGGACGAGGACAAAAAUCCUAUUAGUGAAGGUUCCAAGAUCCAUGUGCAGUUACAGUUCUUUGACAUUUCUCAAGAUCGUAACUGGGCCCGUGGGGUUAAAAGCUCCAAGUUUCCAGGGGUUCCUUAUACCUUUUUUUCUCAGAGACCAGGUUGUCGAAUUUCUCUGUACCAAGAUGCCCAUGUGCCUGACAAUUUCGUGCCUAAGAUUCCUCUUUCUGGAGGUAAGUUUUAUGAGCCCCAUAGAUGUUGGGAGGAUAUCUUUGAUGCGAUAACCAAUGCAAAACACUUUAUCUACAUUACUGGCUGGUCUGUGUAUACUGAAUUCGCCCUAAUAAGGGACACAAGGAGGCCAAAGCCAGGAGGCGACAUAAUGCUUGGUGAGUUGCUAAAGAAAAAGGCAGAUGAAGGGGUGAGGGUUCUUAUGCUUGUCUGGGAUGACAGAACCUCGGUGGGUCAACUUAAGAAAGAUGGAUUGAUGGCUACGCAUGAUCAAGAAACUGAGGAGUACUUUCGAGAUUCUAAUGUGCAUUGUGUCCUAUGCCUUCGUAAUCCCGAUGAUAGCGGUGGCAUAAUACAAGGUUUAACAAUUUCUACUAUUUUCACUCAUCACCAGAAGAUAGUGGUGGUGGACAGUGAGAUGCCUACCCCAGGAUCAGAGAACAGAAGAGUUGUGAGUUUUGUGGGUGGCAUUGAUCUGUGUGAUGGGAGAUAUGAUACUCCUUUUCAUUCACUUUUUAGAACUUUGGAUACUGCACACCAUGAUGAUUUUCACCAACCCAACUUCGAAGGUGCUGCAAUCACUAAAGGUGGACCUAGGGAGCCUUGGCAUGAUAUUCAUUCACGUCUUGAAGGUCCAGUUGCUUGGGAUGUAUUGUUUAAUUUUGAGCAGAGAUGGAGAAAGCAAGGUGGGAAAGACAUACUUCUUAACUUGAGAGAGCUCCAAGAUAUCAUCAUACCUCCAUCUCCAGUGACAUUCCCUGAUGACGAUGAAACUUGGAAUGUUCAAUUAUUCAGGUCCAUUGAUGAGGGGGCUGCUUUUGGCUUUCCACAAACACCAGAAGAAGCAGCUAAAGCAGGUCUUGUCAGUGGGAAAGAAAAUAUCAUUGAUCGAAGUAUUCAGGAUGCUUAUAUUCAUGCCAUUCGGCGGGCAAAAAAUUUCAUCUAUAUUGAAAAUCAGUAUUUUCUUGGAAGCUCUUUUGGCUGGAAUUCAGAGGAUAUUAAAGACGAGGACAUCGGUGCUUUGCAUCUUAUACCGAAGGAGCUGUCACUGAAGAUUGUCAGUAAGAUUGAGGCUGGGGAGAGGUUCACUGUUUAUGUUGUGCUUCCAAUGUGGCCAGAAGGAAUUCCAGAGAGUGGGUCAGUUCAAGCUAUUCUGGACUGGCAAAGAAGGACAAUGGAGAUGAUGUACAAGGAUAUUAUUCAGGCUCUCCAGGCUAAAGGGAUUGAAGAGGACCCUAGAAAUUAUUUAACAUUUUUCUGUCUUGGUAAUCGUGAGGUGAAGAGGGAUGGUGAAUAUGAACCUUCAGAGCAGCCGGAUCCGGAUACAGAUUAUAGUAGAGCUCAAGAGUCUCGUCGCUUUAUGAUCUAUGUACAUGCUAAAAUGAUGAUAGUUGAUGAUGAGUACAUAAUUAUCGGGUCUGCCAAUAUCAACCAGAGAUCAAUGGAUGGCGCCAAGGAUUCUGAGAUAGCUAUGGGAGCGUAUCAACCACAUCACCUAGCAACGAGGGAGCCAGCAAGGGGUCAAAUUCAUGGAUUCCGAAUGUCUUUAUGGUAUGAGCACCUUGGUAUGCUUGAUGACCUCUUUGCGCAGCCUCACAAUGUUGAUUGUGUCCAUAAAGUGAAUACAGUGGCAGAUAAAUACUGGGAUCUCUACUCAAGUGAAACUCUGGAAAAGGACUUACCCGGACACUUGCUGAGAUACCCCAUAGGUGUUUCUAGUGAAGGUACUGUCACUGAGCUUCCAGGCAUGGAGUUUUUCCCAGACACCAAAGCACGCGUUCUUGGUGCCAAAUCCGAUUACCUGCCUCCCAUUCUUACUACAUAAUGGGUUCAGAUAAAACGGCAUGUUUAUAUCAAGUAAUAACCCUUAAACUCUACCUUAAUAACCAGGGUUCGUAGUCGAAUAAGCAUGCCUGUUUGUGCUAUAUCCGCAGAGAUCUUCUACAUUGCGGAAGCGGGCUUAUCAGGUUUUCAGGAGUCUGGUGUUCUUGUCUUAUGGUUAGCUGUUACAGUGUGCUACUAUAUGGUUGUGGCUGUGUACUGCUGCUUGUUAAGCUGAUAAACUUUCUAAGCUUGUUUUAUUUCUUAAUCGCUGACGACAUUAUAUAUUUGCAUCUAGUUUUUCA